AUGGUAUUUAUAAAAAAUUUUCCAAAUACAAUAAUGGUUUCAUCAGUGAUUAAUAAUAAUAACUUAUCUUGCUCUGUUAUAUUUGAAUGCUUAAUAGAAACUAUGGAUAAAAAUUGUAUUUGCAAAAUAAAAUAUAUGGGUGAAGAAAUUUUUACAAAGCAAUUUAGAGAUUUCCAACAUAUUUAUAAUUCUUUAAAACCAGGAAUUACAUCUGCUGUCUCAAGUCCACCAAAAAAGACAUUUUUUUCAAAUUCAUCUAAAGUACAGGAAAAAAGAAAAAUUUGGAUUGAAAACUUUUUAACUGUUUUAGUUAAUAAUUAUGCAUCAUUAGAAUAUAUACAAACAUUUUUUGAUGGUUUUUUAGGUGAUGAAAACAAAAAUCAUAUUUAUUUAGGACCAUCUGAAAAAAAAACUGCAAGACCAGAUGAUUUUGAUAUUAUUAAAACUAUUGGUAAAGGUAGUUUUGGAAUGGUUUUUUUAGUUAAACAUAAAAGAAAUCAUAAAAUUUAUGCUAUGAAAGUUUUAAAAAAAGAACAGAUUAAAAAAAGAAAUGAAGUUAGAAGAGUAAUGGCAGAGAGAAAUGUUUUAAAAGCUAAUAUUAAUCAUCCAUUUCUUGUAUCAUUACAUUAUAGUUUUCAAACUAAACAUAAAUUAUAUUUUAUUCUUGACUAUCUUAAUGGAGGAGAAUUAUUUUUUCAUUUGCAAAAAGAAAGAAGCUUUAGUGAGACACGUUCACGUUUUUAUGCAGCAAAUAUUGCAAGUGCUCUUGGAUAUCUUCAUAAAAAUAAUAUAAUAUACAGAGAUUUAAAACCAGAAAAUUUAUUAUUAGACAAAUAUGGAUAUGUUGUUAUAACUGAUUUUGGACUAUGUAAAGAAGGAUUAAAUAAAAAUGAUAGAACAGAUACUUUUUGUGGUACACCUGAAUAUUUAGCUCCAGAAGUUAUCUUAAAACAACCGUAUAAUUAUACUGUUGAUUGGUGGUGUCUUGGAGUUGUUUUAUAUGAAAUGAUUUUUACAUUACCACCAUUUUAUAAUAGAAAUGUUGAAGAAAUGUAUAAAAGUGUUGUUAAUGAACCAUUAUAUAUACCUGCAACUGGAAGUGCUGUAUCAAAAAAUAUUUUAACACAUUUAUUACAAAAAGAUCCAUCACAUAGAUUAGGAGCAAAAAAAGAUUUUGAAGAAAUUAAAAAUCAUCCAUUUUUUAUGGCAAUUGAUUGGGAAAAAUUAUUAGAAAGAGAAAUUAAAGCACCUUAUAUACCAAAAUUAAAAGAUGAAUAUGAUGUUAGUAAUAUUGAUACAGAAUUUACUUCAAUAUCACCAAAUAUUAGUUCAUUAAUACCACAAAGUUGUUUAGCACAAUCAUGUAAAGAUUUAGAUUUUAUUAAUUUUACAUUUACAGAAGAAAGCUUAAACAAAUGUUAA